GCUGGAGUAUUCGUUGAGUUCGUCCCUCAUUCAUUUCCGCCCCGUUAACCUCUUCGCUCAAACUACAAUUGUAAGGGAAAAAGGGAAGGGAAAGAAGAAGAAAAGAAAAAAGGACGAUCAUUCAUUGAGCCACUACUCUACCGCCUUAAACGUUUCGUAUACAACACGGAAAUCCAAUCUCAUAAGCAUGAGCGGUACACCGAUGAACAACGAGCAGCGAGCGGCGCUCGAGCGGCGUUUGGCAGAACUGCGUGCUGCGCAAGCAGCCGCAACAGGCAGGGGUGCGGCGAAUCCAAGCCGCAGUGCUCCCACGGGCGGUAACCCACCCGCGCCCACCCAGCAGCAAUGGCAGCAGAACGCACCGCAGAACAACAGGCAACAGUACGCACCGCAGACGGGCUACGGCUACGACGAUGACGACGAGGAAGAAGAGGAAGACACAUUUGACCUGGGCCGGCAGCAGUUCGAGGAGGAGUUUCUGCGCAUGCUUGCCGUGCAGCGGCAGCAACAAGCGCAGCACCAACCACAAAUGCCGUCGCAUCGGCAGGUUUCCCUGUACGAGCGCAACGCGGCCUCGGUGACGCAGGUCAGCGCCACCCGCCACGCAGACGAGGGCGUCGACGUCGUCGCGACUGACAAGACCUCGCAGCGCCCACACGAACUCGGCGACUUCGAGGUGCUACGCCUGGCCAAGAUGGGCGACGGCAGCUCCAUGCUUGACUUCGGUUCCGCCAGCGGGGUCGACUGGAAGACCUUCGUGGACAACCGUGGCCGCAACGCCCUGCACUACGCCGCCGAUGCCGGGGCGGCGGCUCUCAUCCGGAAGCUGACAAACGAUCUGCGCGUGCCGUACGUGGCGGACGAGCGGCAGCUGACGCCGCUUGAUGUAGCCGUGUUGAACGGGCACGACAACGUGGAAACAGACGAAGUGGUGGCCGCGCUCGUGGCGGCGGCUACGGCGACCCGCCACGCCGAUGCCUCGCUGGCCGAUCCGCACGUCGCGAAGACGUUGGAGAGCGUGCUGCACGCCCACGCGCCAGCACCACCGAAGUUUGUCUUGAGCAAGCCCGUGCCGAAGCCGGUGGAGGCGUCCGGCGUGCGUAGCUUCUGGUCGGCCACGGCGACUGCGCCGUCGAGUGCCGCCACCUCACUGCAGUGCAGCAGCGGAGCGGACAUGUCCGCCGAGGAGGCAGCGAGCGUGACGGCGGAGGUAAACGCGUUAGAUCGGCACGGCCGGCUGGACUGGCUGCUGCCGGUGACUCGCGGCUCGCACGCGCCGUGCAGGCACUGGCAAAUCGUUCGCCAUAUAAGCAGCGGGGACGGCCCAUCCGGUGCGACGGCCACCACGGCCGGCAUUAUCGUGGCGCAGAUGUUAGCGCACGCCACCUUAAAAGGGCCCGCUGCGUUGAGGAUCAAGAAGGUCGGUGACACGCCGGUGAAGGUGACGAUGGCGGCCCAUCUGGGGGUGCUGGGCACCGCACGUCGGGCUGGUGUAGCUGCCAGCCUGCUGCACGCCUUACGCACGCGUCUCUGCGACGAGGCGGCCGGCGCGGCGGCGAACGCCAUCGUGUUUUUUGCCUCCGGCACGCAGCUGCCGCGCCCGCCCACAUCGAUUGCCACAAUUAAGUGGUACCGCCGUGUCUUCGACGCCGUCAGCGUGUAUGCGUCAGACAGCGCCUACGACGUGUUUCCAGAUUUUUACAACUACGACGCGGUGCUCCGCGCAGAUGCGGUGCUGAAAGGGGCGAUUCCCACAUCCCUCUUUGAGGAGUACGCGGCGGAGAUGCCGCGCUGGUGCGACGUCGAUCCCGCGUCGGACGAUCAGUGUGCGUUGGUGGUGAACUUUAUGGCAGCGAAAGCGGGGACGCCGGAGUCGAAUGUUGAACUGGCCUGUGUGCCGCAGGACGUGGCGGAGCUGCGAAACAGCUACCUGGGCCACCCAGAUCAUCACACCUACGUGCGCACGGACGCGCAGGGCGCCGUGACGGACCUGGUCGUGUUUCGCCGGCGUGACGCCCGUAAGGGCACCGGUGACAAAACCUUUGCGGCAGAGGUGGUGUUUUCCCUCUUUACCAGUAUCGCCGGCAUGGCGAAGGUGGACCACAUGAUGCUGCUUUCAUCAAAACUGUUGGAGGCGAAGAUGCUGUUGGUACCGACGAUGUUUGGCAUAACCGAGAGUGACUUAGCAAAGUCGAACUUUGACGAGGUGGUCGCGAGUCGCGAGUUUGUUUAUGGUGUGUCGCCGUCUACGCUAAAGGAUGUCGAUGGCCUCGGCGCUGUUCCGGCAGCAAAGCUGUCCUUGCCUCUCUACUGUACUUAG